AUGGCGGGCGCGGGCGCAAAGCGGCGCCGGGUAGCGGGCCCUGAGGCGUCGGCGGAGGCAGCCGCGGGGGAGGAGGAGCGGCAGGCGCGGGAGAAGAUGCUGGAGGCGCAGCGCGCGGACAGCGUGAACUCCAAGGAGGAAGGCGUGACCCUGCAGCGCAACAUCACUCUGCUCAACGGUGUGGCCAUCAUCGUGGGCACCAUCAUCGGCUCAGGCAUCUUCGUGACGCCCACGGGCGUGCUCAAGGAAGCGGGCUCGCCCGGACUGUCGCUCGUGGUGUGGGCUGUGUGCGGCGUGUUCUCCAUCGUGGGCGCACUCUGCUACGCCGAGCUGGGCACCACCAUCUCUAAGUCGGGCGGCGACUACGCCUACAUGCUGGAGGUCUAUGGCUCGCUGCCCGCCUUCCUCAAGCUUUGGAUUGAGCUGCUCAUCAUACGGCCUUCCUCACAGUACAUAGUGGCGCUGGUCUUCGCCACCUACCUGCUCAAGCCGAUCUUCCCCACGUGUGCGGUGCCGGAGGAGGCAGCCAAGCUAGUGGCCUGCCUCUGCGUGCUGCUGCUCACGGCUGUGAACUGCUACAGUGUGAAGGCUGCUACCGGCGUGCAGGAUGCCUUUGCUGCUGCCAAGCUGCUGGCCCUGGCCCUCAUCAUCCUGCUGGGCUUCAUCCAGAUAGGGAAGGAAAUGGGGACCGGUAAUAUGUCCAAUCUACACUCCAAGUUAUCUUUUGACGGCACCAAUCUGGACGUGGGGAACAUUGUGUUGGCAUUGUACAGUGGCCUCUUUGCCUACGGAGGAUGGAACUAUCUGAAUUUUGUCACAGAGGAGAUGAUCAACCCCUACAGGAACCUGCCCCUGGCCAUCAUCAUUUCCUUGCCCAUUGUUACACUGGUGUAUGUGCUGACGAACCUGGCCUACUUCACCACCCUUUCUCCCGACCAGAUGCUGGCAUCUGAGGCUGUGGCUGUGGAUUUUGGGAACUACCACCUGGGAGUCAUGUCCUGGAUCAUCCCGGUCUUUGUGGGCUUGUCCUGUUUUGGCUCUGUCAAUGGGUCUCUGUUCACAUCGUCAAGGCUGUUCUUCGUGGGAGCCAGGGAGGGCCACCUGCCUUCUCUCCUCUCCAUGAUUCACCCACAGCUCCUGACACCUAUGCCAUCACUGAUGUUCACAUGUUUCAUGACCCUGAUGUACGCCUUCUCCAACGACAUCUUCUCCAUCAUCAACUUCUUCAGCUUCUUCAACUGGCUGUGUGUGGCCCUGGCUAUCAUUGGCAUGAUGUGGCUCCGCAUCAGGAAGCCUGAGCUGGAGCGUCCCAUCAAGGUGAACAUGAUCCUCCCAGUGUUCUUCAUCCUGGCCUGCCUCUUCCUCAUUGUCGUGUCCUUCUGGAAGACACCCACAGAGUGUGGCAUUGGCUUUGCCAUCGUCCUCAGUGGGCUGCCUGUCUACUUCUGCGGGGUCUGGUGGAAGAACAAGCCCAAGUGGCUCCUGAAGGCCAUCUACCAUGUGACAGUGUUCUUCCAGAAGCUCACACAGGUGGUUCCUCAGGAGACUUAGCCACAAGUCCUGGUUGCCACAGGGAGAGCGCACACUGACUGCUUCCAGACAACUCACCUUCGGAAAAGCAGCGACCAGGCCUGUCAUUCCCCA